GGUAUCCUCUCAAGACUUGCUGGGUUAGGCUGCAUCAUACGCAGGACCUAUUCUGUCAGAGGACCCCUUUCUCUGUGGCAUGUGGACACAAACCACAAAUUAAUCAGGUACAACAUUGUACUGUUUGGUGCAGUGGACGGGUACUCCAGGAAGGUGAUGUGCCUGAGUGCCGCCACCAACAACCUGGCAUCCACUGCAUUUUCUGCCUUCAAGAAGGCUACUGAGCGGCAUGGCAUUCCCUCAAGAGUCAGAGGUGAUCAAGGCGUUGAGAAUGUUGACAUUGCCAGAUUUAUGUUCAGCGUUCGGGGAACUAACAGGGGAAGCUUCAUGUCAGGGAAAAGUGUUCACAAUCAAAGAAUUGAACGUCUGUGGCGGGAUGUCAGGACCUGUGUCACCUCAAAGUAUUACAACAUGCUUCGGAGUCUGGAGUGGGAUCAGCUACUUGACGUUUCCUCCACAGAAGACCUUUUCUGCGUCCACAUGGUAUUCCUCCCAAAACUGGAGAGAGACCUUGAACAUUUUGUGGAAGGUUGGAACCACCAUCCAAUCCGGACAGAAAAUAACCGGACUCCCGAGCAGUUAUGGCAGUUGGGUUUGAUGAACACAGAUAUUGAACAGCCAGAAAAUAUUGAGGACAUUGAGGAGCCAGACAUUGACUGGGACAUUGCCACAGACCACGAUGGUGAGAUGGAAGGGGCGAUUGUGGUUCCUGAAAUUGAGUGUCCUUUGAGUGAGGAACAAAGUGAAGGUGUUCAGUCACUCAUUCAAGACAAUGACCCAGUUACGCCUGCAAGGGAACUGUACUUGCUAUGCCGUGAAUAUUUGUUUGGCACGGGUUAAUACUUACAAGGUUUGUAAAUAAAGAGAAUCAUGGAUA